CUGUGGUUGGGCGUUACAGGAGUUGGUGCCCCACUCUGAAGGUUCCCCAGCGUCCGGAGAGCUGAGCUGUUUUCAGAGCGCCGGCAACUCUCCUCAAGUCCAGCCAGGUAACCAUCCCAUGGUCUGAAUCGGGAAUGAGAUCUUCUGGAAUCUCAGAACAGAAAGCUUUUUGUUCAACAUGGAGGACAAAAGACGGCGAGCCCGAGUGCAGGGAGCCUGGGCUGCUCCUGCCAAGAUCCCGGCUACUGCCCAGCCAGCUACUGCUGCUAGGAGCCAUCUUUCCCAAACACCGGGGCAGGCCUGGAAGAACAAGGAACAGCACCUGCCUGACAGAGAGUUUGUGUUCCAGGAACCUCAGCUGGUUGUACGUACAGCCCCAGAACCCAGAGUGAUUGACAGAGAAGGUGUGUAUGAAAUCAGCCUGUCACCCACAGGUGUGUCUAGGGUGCGUUUAUAUCCUGGCUUUGUGGACUUGAAGGAAGCUGACUGGAUAUUGGAGCGCCUUUGUCAGGAUGUCCCCUGGAAGCAGAGGAUGGGCAUCAGAGAGGAUAUAACUUAUCCGCAACCAAGACUUACAGCAUGGUAUGGAGAGCUUCCUUACACUUACUCAAGAAUCACUAUGGAACCAAAUCCUCACUGGCAUCCCGUGCUCCGCACUCUGAAGAGCCGCAUUGAGGAGAACACCGGCCACACCUUCAACUCCUUGCUUUGCAAUCUGUACCGGGACGAGAAGGACAGCGUGGACUGGCACAGUGACGAGGAGCCCUCACUGGGGAGCUGCCCCAUCAUUGCAUCACUUAGUUUUGGUGCCACUCGGACUUUUGAGAUGAGGAAGAAACCCCCACCUGAAGAGAAUGGAGACUAUACAUAUGUGGAAAGAGUGAAGAUACCACUUGAUCACGGGACCUUGCUAAUCAUGGAAGGAGCCACACAAGCCGACUGGCAGCACCGAGUGCCCAAGGAAUACCACUCCAGAGAACGGAGAGUAAACCUAACCUUUCGGACCAUUUAUCCAGAGCCCAGAAGAGCACCCUGGUGAUGGGGAAUGUCUGCAAAGUUGCCACUGAGGUGGGGGCUGUGCACCCCCUUCCCCACUCCUGGGAGCACUUUCAGAAGCAGCUCUGUACCCUCAACGUCCUGUGGCUGUUUGGAGACUGUGGUGUUUGCCUCCCAGGUCCUUGUCCUGAAUGAGAACCAUCCGCGCUUCCUGUUGCCAGCAUGUCUACUAAGGGAACAGUUACUUCAAGACAGAUCUCUAAAUCAAGGGUUAUCAUUAGGCAAAUUAAACACUGCUAUGACUGUGCUCACA